AUGCCUCUCGUCGUGCCCGGCAUCAUGACCAACUCGGACGACAAGACCCAGGAAUGGGCCAACAAGCUCGUCGGCAAGACGUAUUCUGAAAACGAAUCAAACGAGACGCGGGAUCUGCCAGAGGUGCACCGCAUCAUCAAGCCCGGCUCGAUUGUGACCAAGGACUUUCGGCCGGAGAGACUGAACAUUCACUUGAAGGAGGAUGGCACCGUGUCGCAUGUGCAGCAUGGUUGA